GUUUCUCAAAAUAAUAGCGAUAAAUGAAUAAGUGUAUGUUCAAUGAUAGACUAAAUAACAUGAACACACGCAUUUAACAAAUUAUUAGUACCUAACCAAAAUUUUUUAUUGUAUUGAAAAUGGUGCUUCUGUUACCAGUUAUUUUAAUUACAUUGCCAUAUGUUUAUUCUAUCAUAGAAGAAUGUGGACUAGAAGUAAAUUAUUGCAAGAAUGAAAAGUUUAGAUCAAUAUCUGGAGGUUGUAAUAACCUUAAACAUCCCAAUUGGGGUACAAUUCAUUCCACAUAUGACAGACUUAUAUUGCCCAAUUAUGGACCUAGUAAUUCCAUACGCUCAGCUGUCAGUGGAAAUCCAUUGCCCAAUGCUCGGCUACUAUCUCAAAAUAUAUUUACCGACAAAAGUGUACCUGAUAAAGAACAUACUUUGGUUUUAAUGCAAUACGGACAAUAUGUGGCACACGACAUGAGUUUCACCUUUUUUGCUGAUAAUCCUGGAAAAUGUUGCACUCCGAGUCUUCAAUUACUAGAGAACUCACCACCCGAGUGUGUCAGUGUUGAAAUACCUCCAAAUGAUCCAGAUUAUCAAAUACAUAACAUAACAUGUAUAUCAGUCCUUAGAACUCAAACAAAUCAGAAUUUAAAUUGUUCAAAACAUUUGAAAUAUGGUGAGCAGUUAAAUGCAGCAAAUAACUAUCUAGAUCUAUCUGUUAUCUACGGUUCUACAGAUGAAGAAAGUAACUCUCUAAGAACAUUUAAGGGCGGAACUCUUGCUAUGGAUUUUAGAGAUGGAUAUUCAUGGUUAACCGCAUCACAAAAUCGCUUUGAAUGUGGAUUUAAUCUUCCAACCACCAGAUGUUAUCGAGCAGGUGACUUAAGAGUAGAUCAGAAUCCUCAACUAACAACUCUUCAUAUUCUUUGGGCAAGAGAACACAACAGAAUAUGUUACAUUUUACAAAAAUUAAACCCUCAUUGGGACGACGAAAGAUUGUUUCAAGAAGCAAGAAGAAUUGCUAUAGCCCAACACCAAUACAUAACCUUUUAUGAAUUGCUUCAAUUGUAUUUUGGACAACUACUUAUUAGAGACAGUCACAUUAUUUUUGAUACAGAUGGUUAUGUAGACGAUUACGAUGAUGAAAUGAGACCUCAUGUUUUUAAUGAGCAUGCCCAGGGAGCUUUUAGACAUUUUCAUGGAAUGGUGGAAGGGCACCUAAAUUUAGUUAGUGAAUCUGGAUGUCCGUAUAGAACUGUUAACAUUCGUGAUACUAUAAACAGUCCACAUUUUAUAGAGGAGUGUGACAAUUUUGAUGGUUUAUGUCGUGGCAUGACUACUCAGCCUCCAAGAUCAUCCGACAUGUUUAUGGUACCUGAAAUGUCCAAAUUUAUAUUCUUAACAGUUGCUCCUGUCGGUUCUGAUUUAAAAGCCAUCGAUAUCCAAAGAGCAAGAGAGCAUGGAUUGGGUACUUACAAUGAUAUGAGAGAAUUUUGUGGCCUAAGAAGAGCAAGACACUUUCAUCACUUUCUCGAUGUUAUUGACGAAGACCGAGUCGAAUUACUGCGAACAUUUUAUGAACAUCCUGAUGAUGUAGACCUUCCCGUUGGUGGAAGCAUGGAAAGAAAAGUAGAUGGCGCACUUGCUGGGCCAACGACCUUAUGCAUCAUGGAGAAGCAGUUUAAAAGAACAAGGAAAAGUGAUAGAUUUUGGUUUGAAAAUGAAAAAUGUGGUUUAUCUUAUGAGCAACUGAGAGAAAUUCGGAAAUCAAGUAUUUCUAAAUUUAUCUGCGAUAAUGGAAAUAAUAUCACUACGAUGCAGAUACAUGGAUUUUUGCAACUCUCAUACAAGAAUCCUCGUGUAUCAUGUGAGUUGCUGGCUGGACCAAAUUUAGAAUUAUGGAGAGAAGGAUAUCGUAAACGUUAUGUAUACAACAACUAAGCUAAACAUGUCACUAUUAAAGAUAUUAUUAUACUUAUAAAUAAAAAUAGUGAUUUAUUUGAAAAUGACCUACCCUUAAACUAAACUAAAUAAUUAUACUGAAAGCCGACUGGUCUAAUUUUUCAAGCUAUAUAGAGAAGAUAGUGUUGAUAAACUAUAUGAAGGUCUAACUUCGCUUCUUGCUGAAGCAACUCUUGCUCACAUAGUUUAAACGUCACAAUACAGUUCCUUGGUGGACACCACAAUGUGCAGAAGUCAUUGAAGAAAAUAAACAAGCUCUCUACAAAUUGAAAAAAAAUAGAAACGAACAAAAUUUGGUUUAAGAGACUUAGAGCAAAAUCAAGAUCAAAAUCAUAAUUAGUUAAGAGAAUUAAAAAGAAAUACUG